AUGUUACCGCACGAUAUGAGCUAGAUUGGCAGGCGGAUCUACCUAUCAGGCCGAUAUUUAUUUUAAAACAGGACAUCUCCUUUGGAAACACCACCGCCUCCCUUGCAUCUGCCUAUCAGGAGCAGCAGUAGUCCCCAAUGCACAUUUGCGCUCGCCUCUGUGUUUUUGUUUGAUGACUGGACGCGGAGUAGCAGACACACUUAGCAACGAACGGGUGAGACUAGAGGGGCGCACCGAGGUUUGCAACUCAACCGCUGCGCCUGCGGAAAAGGAUUCGAGAACCGGUAUAAACAGCCAAACGUCUGAUUCAGCGGGCUCCUACGAGUUGGACGUCUGCAAAGCAAUGUCCUGAGAUAGGACUGCUUUUCGGCAUCCAAGGAACCGCACUUUUUCGGUAGUGUCCCGGAGAGGAGCUGGCUUGGGGUUCGCUGGCCAUCAAGAGAACAUUGGGCUACAGAGUACAGGAAAGGGGGGGGUGAAAUCCCGAGAAGUCUACGUUGUCGACCCGCUUCCUUGUGGGGAUGGUUCUUGAGGCAGAAAGAAAAAGUCUUCAGAGAAAUUCGAGGAGCACUCGGGGCGGUCAUCAGUGUCAAUCCUGUACUCGAACUGUUAUUGGCAGAAGUGCUGUUCAUGUGGACGGGUGUUUUUGUGCGUGCAGUUGACCGUUCCUGGAACUUUUGGCAGGCUGGCUAAUGUUCGCUGGCGGUGGAGAGGAGAGACAGAGACAACUGCUUUUGGGGGGGUAAAGCCGAACUAUGCAGUGGAUGGAAAAUGAGAUGAUAUGGCCAUUUUUAUCAAUUGCUAGAUAACCUUCUUUAGCAUUUUUCAAAACGUUUUUUUCCUGAAAAUAAUUUUUCACGACUUUGUACUUGACCAGAGCCCUUUGGUUUUUAAAGUAUUAUUAGCCAAUCUCACGUUUGAUAUGUGCACCACCAUAUCGAGCUGUAUGCACUGCACAUCGAUACGUUUUCUUUAACGAUUUUAUUAAGUUGUAACGUUAUUAAAUGGCAAUUCUGACCAUAUUGUAUUUGGGGACAUUAACUAUGUGUCAUGGUGUUGCUUAGUUGAUUAACUGUCCUGCGUGGAUUUGAAUGAUCAGAAUCUGGUAAUUCAGCUUGUUAGCUAGCUACAGACUGUAAUUAGCAUGUUGAUAAAUUUGGCUGAGUAGCCUACUUUUCCUUCGUUGGUCACUCUGGGAGUUCUAACGUUACACACACAGCCUCCUCAAUGCUAUCAGAAUGGAAUUUAGCAUGAUGCUCUAUGUUACAGUGUUAAUUUAGUCCAGAAAGUAACGAACUCAUUAGGCAAGUGAUCGUUGAGAAAACGGUGUGUCUGGUUCUGGUGGCCGGAAAAGAAUGCGGUUCUGCUCGGAUCGUGUGUUCACGGCUAAUCAGAACUGCUACCGUCGACUUUCUAACUUAGCUUGAUACAUGCUCAGCUAUUUUUUGUUGUGAACGUUUUUCCUACAAGUUUUUUAAAAUAAUUUUUAUUUUUGGAUGGUGGCGUCAAUCUCAAGUUCGGUCUGCAGUCAUGAUGAUAUUGAGCAGAAAACCGGAUGGUCCAAUCACAGCAGCUCGACCGGGGGACGGUCUGUAUGAUUCGUACAUGCGCACGGAUCGCGUAGUGACCGAAGACUCGCACACCAAUGCGCGGAGCCCUCCUGCUUUCCCCGCGGUAUCCAAGCACACCGGUGGAAACAAGCCAGCAAUGAAGGACCAGCAGCCGACGGGUGUCCGGGGCAACCAGGUGAAGGUCAGGUACCUGUACGAGGACUCAAGUAAGGGGAAGGCCAAUGCCCCUGCCAAAACCACGGCCUCUCUGUCCAAGGAGAAGAGCCUGGACAGCACCUGCUCGGUCAGGUCCGGCGACAGCACGGACCGGCCCGGUAAGGUGGAGCCCCUGACCCCCGAGCAGGCCCUCAAACUGCACGGGCAGCAGCUGACCGCGCUGGAGCAGCAGGAGAUCCUGGCCUACCCCGAGGUCUACUUCCUGGGGCCCAACGCCAAGAAGAGGCCGGCGGCGGCUGGGGGAUCCAACAACAACGGCUUCGAUGACGACCAGGGCGGCUACAUCCACGUGCCGCACGACCACCUGGCCUACCGCUACGAGUUCCUCAAGGUGAUCGGCAAGGGCAGCUUCGGCCAGGUGGCCAAGGUGUACGACCACAAGACGCGGCAGCACCUGGCGCUGAAGAUGGUGCGCAACGAGAAGCGGUUCCACCGGCAGGCGGCCGAGGAGAUCCGCAUCCUGGAGCACCUGCGCAAGCAGGACAAGACGGGCGGCAUGAACGUGGUGCACAUGCUGGAGAGCUUCACCUUCCGCGGGCACAUCUGCAUGACCUUCGAGCUGCUCAGCAUGAACCUCUACGAGCUCAUCAAGAGGAACAAGUUCCAGGGCUUCAGCCUGCCGCUGGUGCGCAAGUUCGGCCUGUCCAUCCUGCAGUGCCUGGACUCGCUGCAGCGCAGCCAGAUCAUCCACUGCGACCUCAAGCCCGAGAACAUCCUGCUCAAGCAGCCGGGCCGCAGCGGCAUCAAGGUCAUCGACUUCGGCUCCAGCUGCUACGAGCACCAGCGCGUCUACACCUACAUCCAGUCCCGCUUCUACCGCGCGCCCGAGGUCAUCCUGGGCGCCCGCUACGGCAUGCCCAUCGACAUGUGGAGCCUGGGCUGCAUCCUGGCGGAGCUGCUGACGGGGUACCCGCUCUUCCCCGGGGAGGACGAGGGCGACCAGCUGGCCUGCAUGAUGGAGCUGCUGGGCCUCCCGCCGCAGAAGCUUCUGGAACAGUCCAAGCGGGCCAAGAACUUCAUCAGCUCCAAGGGCCAGCCGCGGUACUGCACGACCAGCACGCUGAGCGGGGGGGGCGUGGUGCUGAACGGGGGCCGCUCGCGGCGCGGGAAGCUGAGGGGGCCCCCGGGGAGCCGCGAUUGGGCGUCGGUCCUGAAGGGCUGCGACGACGCCAUCUUCAUCGACUUCCUGAGGAAGUGCCUGGACUGGGACCCCGCCGCACGCCUCACCCCCGCCCAGGCCCUGCGCCACCCCUGGCUCUUUAAGCGCCUGCCCAAACCCCUGGUGGGGGACCGGACCCUGCCGCCCCGCCGGGGGGCCGACCACAGCUCCUCCUUCCCCAGCAUCAUGUCCAAACUGCCCCCCGCGCUCGGCCCGGCCAAUAGCAAGCUGAGGACCGCCAUGAUGGGGGACGGUGGGGGGGGCAUCCCCCUGCGCACCGUGCUGCCCAAACUGGUCACUUAGGGCUCUGCUACCCUGGUUACGGAGAGGACAGAUUACCUAAUCCAGUUUCUUUCUUUAGUGUUUUUUACGGGUGUCGGCACCCUCACAGUUUCUGUUGGUUUUAACUCGGGGGGGGGGGGGGGGUUAUGCUAAAAUAACCCCCUAUAGGUUUUUAUACCGUUUUCUCAGUCAGCUGGUUUUUCUGAAGGCCUUUGUUUUUAAGCUUUUUUUUUAACUGAUCUGUGAGGUGCGGUGUCAGACGGGAGGGUGUGGAUCAAGAGCAGUCCAGUCUUCUGACCCGCUCUUCCAUUGCAGGGAGGGCUUUCAGAAGCACGGCAUUAUGGGUGCUGUAGUAUCAUUUUAACAGCCUGGUGUUUCUGCUGUUCAGCGGUCUCAGAGCUUCAUGUUGGAUCGCUGUUUUAAAGGGCUAUAGACUGCUGUAAAUUACAGAGACUAUUAAAAACAUCCUAGGUGAUUGAAAUUGGUUAAAAUGGCAAUAUUGAUAAUUAUAUUUGUAAUAAUAUUCUACACACUUAUUUUCAUCAUAGUUGAGGCCCUACUGUUGUGACAAAUGAUUGCUUGGUUAUAGGAUGGCUUUGCAAGGCCCACACAAAUGCACACAGAAUUAGACUAUUUUCACCCAAUCAUGGCGAGUAGGCUACAUCCGUUAGCAGUCGAUGUAUAAAGAAGUCUUCCCUCUGUUUUGUUUUCUUUUACUUUUCGAAACUUGCAUGGAGGGCUGGGGUCCUUGUGUUCUGUGAUUCCUGGGGAAGGUCUGGCCUACAUGGUUUGUCAGACCCAUUUGCUUGUGGGGAAUGUCAUCGUGAAGGAAUUUAUUUCAUUUAGAAUUAGGAUUAAAAAUGUAAAGUUUGGCACGGUGGAUAUACAUGGUCCAGCUCUGGGACAGUUAGUCUUGGGGUGGGUGAGUAAGGGCAGGGCAUGUAAAUCAGCAGCUGCUGUCCAUCAUUGGUUGCCCUGGCCACGCCCACCAUAGGCGCACGGAGGGGGGGGCUGAGUGGGGGCUGGCUGUCUCACGGGCAGCGUGGCAGAUUAUAUGCACAGGGGGCCAUUUUAAAAGUGUCAGUCAGGUUGAAUUGGGGGAUUAGAUUCAGCUCAGGGACUUAGGAUGUUUUUGGAGGGGUGAGGUGUCAGAGCAUCACUCCGUUUUAUUUAGCAAUUUUUCUAAUUAAUUAAUAUAAUUACAAGAUGAUGAUGUUCACAUAUGAGGCAGCAUAGCAGACAUAACAGUAGCAAAGCAUGAUUGUUGUUGGGGGGGGGGGGGGCAUUCUAGCAAAUGAUACUCCACUAAUCAAACUGUAAUUGAUCUGGCUUGACAGCAUCGUUGGCAAAUCGAUUGAUCAACCAGCAGUUUCAAUCAGCCAAUUUGAGCAGAACUGAGUGUAGACAGGAAGAAGACCGCUCGCUGUCGGGUAAAAAUAGGCAAACUGUUUUAAUCAGGCAGGCUUUGUGUGUUUCUCCAUUUUCUUAUUUUCACCCAUUUAAUAUCCAGCGACGGCCAUUAACUGGUUUCACAAAAUUUAAUAAAAGAAAAGUGAUAGGCUAGUUGCAGAACCGUGGGGCUCUAGAUUUUCCUGGUGCGUGUGAAUGAUGUGGGAGUUGUCAGGGUCAUUGUGCCCUGGGAGAACCCGUAGAGGAGGAACUCGUAGAGGAGGAACCCCUGGAGGAACCCGUAGAGUAAGAACUCGUUGAAAAAGCCGAAGGGUUUCGAGGUGUUUCUGCAGUGUCCUGAGCCACAGCGGAACCUCUCAUUACUUCUGUUUACAAGCUGUAAUUAAAGCCGGAACAGAACACCCUCCUCAGCCUCUGAACUCCCAUUAAACUCCAGCUGGGUUUAAAUGCUGGGUUACUGAUUAGGCGCUUAUAACUCUGGGUAAUAACGGUGUUUAUAGUGAGAGUGUUUCAGCAUUAAUUAGGCUUGCGGGUAUGCAGCAUUAAACACAGGAGCAGAGUGUCCAACCAUGGAAACGAUGUGUGGGAAAUUUCCCCAAAGCCACUUCAUUUGGAUGCCUUCUAUCCAUCCACCCAUCCUUCCGUCUGUUCGUCCAUCCUUCCAUCCUUCUAUCCAUCCACCCAUCCUUCCGUCUGUCCGUCCAUCCUUCCAUCCUUCUAUCCAUCCAUCCAUCCAUCCAUCAGGUUUUGUUUCCUCUCCUGUCUGACAGUAGUGGGUCCUGUGGAACCGGACUGUGCAGGAAGGACCAGGUGGGGCUGGACCCCCUAAAAAUGCUCCUGCUGCACUCUCCGGAAGACAUUCUGAGAACCUCCUUACCCUCACCUGCAGUAAUACCCCCCCUUACCUGUCCUUCAUGGUGCCCCCCCCCCCUUGGGGUCACUAGCCUGUGCCUUCUGUCUUACUCACUCGGCUGGGCUGACUGUGUCUUCAGCUGAACUUUCGUCUUUUAUGAAACUUUUAUAAAGGUUUUAUUGCUGUACAGCAGUGAAAGUGGGAGAAAACUCAUGAAGUAAAGCUGUGAUGAUGCGUUUUCAUUUUUGAGGGUUGGUGAUGUGUUUAUGGCAUGUAAAUCACAUGUAAAAAAGAAGUGUGAAUAUUUGCGUAAUGACAAGACCUGUGUCAAGAAAUGAGCUUGUCUUAGUUUCUUUUUUUAAAGAAAUGAAUAAAAUAACUGAUGUUUGAAAAA